AUUUUUACCCCUAAAAAGUUGGCACUAACCAAUUGUUGUUUUCCGCAAAUAUACACACUUUGUGCGGAUUUUUAGUUAAUAGCAACUAAACGACCUACGACCAGACUUGCCAAAGUUUGGAUUACUAUCCGCCUGAACACGCCUUCCCUUCCGUAGCUUAUAAACAAACGAAACAAGAUGGUAAUUGGAUUAUUGGUGCGCGGCGGUCUGGUCGCUGGAACAGUGUAUUACACCCGCAAAGCUGGCAUCUGGGGCAGUGCGGAGGAAACGGAUAAACUGUAUAACAGUGUGAAAGCAGAGCUCUGUCCAUAUGUGCAGCAGGCGCAGAAGAAAUUGCCCUUUGAAGUGCCCAAGCUGCCCAGGGCUGGAGAAAUGCGCUUCCUGGCCAAACACUACUACAACGAGGGAGUGAAGAAUUCAUUCCGAUUCAUUCACAUGCUACCCUGCUAUGCGGGUCGAGGCCUCAAGAAGGUGAAAGACACAUUCGAUGAGUUUGCCAAAUCGCCAGCGAUCACAGGAAGCAUCGAAAAGGCGACGGCGACGGCGAAGUAGACAACAGAAAAUGUACAGUAUAUACAGUAUGUCAACUAAUUAAUUUGACAAAGAAAAAUAUUUAAAGUAUGUCAAGUAACAGUCAAAACAGUACUUGACUUACUAUAUUUAAUUUUAAAAAACCCUUUUUGGUUUUCUGUAUAUUUUUGCUUAUUAAAUUAUAGUUGUUCAUGGUUCUUAGUUCAAUUUAAGAUAAAAAGUAAUAAGUUCCCUUGUUUUGAACUAUUUUUUAAAAUAUAAAACAAAUAUCAAUAUUAUUUUCUUUGUCAAAAAAAUUAAUUGCCAUUCUGUAUAUUCAUUAGAAGGCUGUCUUCAUGUUAGUUUAUAGUUAGUUCUAUUGAAUACUAUGUUUAUGUAUCAAAGACCUCCAAAUCUUUAGAACCUACCCUCCGAUCGUGCAGUUUUGCGAGGGGAGGUGGUUGUCCAGAAAUGUCGAGAGCAGCAGAUGCUUAAAAAUACUUAUUUUACCUCUCUCAAUGUGAAAAGAUUUCAAUGCUAGCAAUAAACUAAAAUUAUGUUUUAAGCGUGAAAGUCGCCUUGAAAAACUUACUGAGAGUCAUUUAAUCAUUAAAUCAUCAACAAUUUAAGAUA